AUGUCCACCCAAAACGUCAUCCGACUCACUUCCCAGGGCUCCUGGGAAAACCUUGCCCACUUCAAAGAGCCCAUUCCUUCAGCUGGCAAGCAUGAAGUGCUCAUUGCGGUCAAAAGUGUGUCACUAAACUUCCGCGACAUUGCCGUCGCAACUGGUAAAUAUCCAUUCCCAGUCAAGGACAACGUCGUCCCUGGUUCGGAUGCUGCCGGUGACGUUGUUGAAACAGGCGAGGGAGUCUCUGGCUUUAAGCGUGGUGAUCAGGUCAUUGUUGCCUUUGAUCCUACUACAUUGUACGGCCCGAUCAAGAACUGGGGCAACGGCUUGGGUGGUCCCGUGGACGGUGUUUUAAGGGAAUACAUUUCAGUUCCUGCCCAGGCUGUUGUGAAGAUUCCCGCAGACUCAAAGCUUAGCUAUGCCCAGUGGGCUAGUGUUGUUUGCACAGGCACCACAGCUUGGAACUCGCUGUAUGGAAACAAUCCUUUGAAACCGGGACAAACCGUUCUGUUCCAGGGUGAGUUCAAGAAGACCCCCGACUGGGCUGCCGAGGCUCAAAAGAUUACCGAUGGACAGGGCGUCGACUUCAUUCUGGAAAAUGGUGGCUCAGGGACUAUCAAGCAGUCCCUUGAUGCUAUUGCCUUUGGUGGUGUGAUUUCGGUAAUAGGAUUCCUCUCCGCUGCGAAGCAAGAGGAUAUGCCUGAUGUUGCUGGCCUUGCCUUGGCCAAGGGAGCUGUUGUUCGUGGUAUUAUGGUUGGUUCGAAGCAGCAAAUGGAGGACGCGACUCGGUUCAUCGGUACGCACAAUCUUUCUGUCGCAGUCGAGAAGACUUUCAAGUUCGAUCGCGAUCAGGUGGUUGAGGCAUUGAACUAUCUUGCCAGUGGUCAGCACUUCGGCAAAGUCUGCAUUGAUUUCUGA